UAGACAUUAUUUCCCGUACUUCUCCUCGAUAAAGUAAUUAUAACAAUGAGUGGUCGUGGUAAAACCGGAGGCAAGGCCAGAGCUAAGGCCAAGACCCGCUCCUCCCGUGCCGGGCUCCAGUUCCCAGUAGGUCGUGUUCACAGGCUGCUGCGUAAAGGCAACUAUGCUCAGCGUGUCGGUGCCGGCGCCCCGGUCUACUUGGCUGCAGUGCUGGAGUAUCUGACUGCUGAGAUCCUGGAGCUGGCUGGAAACGCUGCUCGUGAUAACAAGAAGACUCGUAUUAUCCCCCGUCACCUGCAGCUGGCCGUCCGCAACGACGAGGAGCUCAACAAGCUGCUGGGUGGAGUCACCAUCGCUCAGGGUGGUGUGCUGCCCAACAUCCAGGCUGUGCUGCUGCCCAAGAAGACUGAGAAGCCCGCUAAGACCAAGUAAAGCUGCUGCCUCUCACCGCUGCUACCAGCCCCACAACGGCUCUUUUAAGAGCCACACACUCUUCCUAUA